AUGAAGCGGAAUUCCACCGCGAAGGCCUCUGCACCACCCGGCGCAACCUCGGCUACCGGCAGGAGCACUUCAUCAACACGGCAGAUUCGCAAUGCGGCAGGCAUUGAGAAGCAGAUCGCGUUUGAUCCCGAAAAAGUCACAAAGCUGCGGUGAGAAAAAUGUUGGGGCAAAAGAUACACAUGUGCUGGAAAAAAUUUACCCAUACGCAGUUCAUGCGCAUUACAAUCACAUUGGAAUUGACUAUCGCCGGUCGUGCAAAAUGAAAAUAUAUAAUGUAAAAUGCAGGGCACUCCAUGGAUUUUGUAAAUACUAGGUGCAUGAGCUUUCGACGUUGUUCUAUUGCCUCAAAAUUUUGUUUCCCAGCAUACAUAAUCAAGGACCUCUACAGCUGGACCAUGCUUGACAGCUUCUUUGACGGGGAUCAGUUAGUUCCGCCACCGAAUCGCGUCAAGUGGCUGGUGGUCAAGCACGAGGCGGCAGCAGAAAAGGCAACCGAGGUAAGUACUAAGACGAAGAGCUUUGUCUUUGACAUGCUGCCUGGUAUUCUGUGUACUUAAAAACGGCCCCACCCCCCCAGAGUCAAGAUCGUAAUUCUGCAACACAAACCGCCAAGUUUUAGGAAUCGCGCAUGACAAGUUUCUCAUUCUCUUCGCACUGUAGUGUUGAUUAGCGAGGGCAGCCGCAUCACAAAGACGCGCGGUUAUCAUCUUUACAGCAUCGCAAAAUCCAGAAUACGACUAAAACUUGGAAUUCCUUUCGUGGGGAUGCGCGUUGCAAAUCUUUCUGUCACUGCAAAUCUGUGUGACAACUUUGGGAUUUUUACUCAGGAUACGUGGCACUUUCUAUAUUUUUUUUCAUAUCGCAGUCCCAGUCGCCUAUUGAUAAGAAAGACGAAAAGAGCGGCAUACUUACACAGUUUUUUGAUCCGUUUUGCACACUCAAAUUGGAUUUCAAAAUUUCUUAACACAGGCCAGCGCAGACAAUCAAGACUUCGAUGAGAACGAGCAAAGCGAGUCCCUUUCCGAGCGUCUUCUCAUGGAGGAUGUGGUCGCGCAGCCAUCAUUCGGCGCGGACGGUGAACCCCGGCUUGCGGAUAUCAAUCGAAAAUAAUUCUGGGUCUGGAAGAGUGCAGAUAUUUGUGUUUGUCAUGCCGUUUUUGCAUAUCACUAUCACAGGAAAUCAGGCAUGAAAGGCCUCAAAUGACGGGUUUGCAGAACGCUGCGCAAUGCCUAAUUCGCAUUACAAAUCCACUCUUUCAAUGGCAGGAAAAAGUGUGCAACUGCUGCUGGCCAUGCAUGACAAUUUCUUACGUAGGCUGGUGGAAUGCGCAUGACAAAUGUAGUGCACUUUUCCAGGAGGCUCGGACAGACUUGCAAUGCAUAGUGGAUGACGAAGAGCUAAUUGAUUGGGACGACCAGAACGUGGCCUACCAGUUUAUGCAAAAAAAGCGUUACAGUCACACGACGUUGCGUCGCAAAAAAAGGAUGCAAAACAAACAACGUUUGUCAUGCGCAGAAUGCUUGCGAGCCUCUCGCUUCAUGUGUGUUGUGCCUCACAUAUCUCUGCAUUGCAAUUUUCUCUGUCAUGCGAGUCAAGUUUGUGAUGCUGAAUUCACUACAAAUGCCUAAGGCUAACUGUCACACUUUUUUUCCUUUGAUGCAGUUCAUCGUCACUACACUACACCUAUCCUCUGCAAAUAUGAUAGUUUUAGGGACGUGUUGGAAACUGCGUGUCUGUCAUGCAAGUUGGAGGAAAAACCAAAACGUCGUCUUAGAAUUGCAUACUAAUAUUUCCAUCAAAUCCAGCAUGACAAACUGCCUAGCUUGUCGCAAUUGUGCCUAGAAGCAUCAUGACGGACAUAAAAGUUUCUCUGGCAUUGCCAACCUUACCCUGCAUACGCCGAGCCUGUCAUCGUGAUGCCGCAGCAUGAAGAAUUCGUUACCAGUGUUGAUGAAGGAACCUUGCUGGAUCGCGCUUUCGAGGCCCUGACACUGGACGACGCCCGCUCCUUUGUCUUCGACGAGAUCUACAUGUGCAAAAGCGUAGACGGCGAAAAGGUGUUUGAUAGAAUGUUGAAGAAGGUGCCCCCACGGUGGAAAGAGCACCGGGUUUAUUCGUUGCGGGAUAUUGUAAUGGGCGACCCGGUAGCGGUGUAUUUCCCCGUGUGGACGAAGGUAGCACACAAGUAUUUGUCCGAUCGCGGGCCUGAAGAAAAUAAUCCUCGCAUCCCGAUAAACCGCAACUGUUGUUACGCAGUUUUGGAGCUUCCCGACAAAGAAGUCGAAAAACACGUGCGCGGGUCGGGGGGCAUCGCGUUCACCGAGGCACACCGGAAAGAGUACGCAAGGACCAUCAUGCAGCACCUUUGGCGUGGACGCGUAUUUUUUCCGGACGAGCUUGUGCGGAAAGCAAUGUGCUGGGCAGACUACAAAGUGGAGGACGCAGUGACAGACCUGUGCGAAGCUGCUGCAAAUUUCGUAUCCAAUGCAAAUUUGUCUGGGUCCACCUCUGGAAAGAUGCGGACGAUUUAUCGUGGGGGCCGUUGCUUGCCAGAGGCCUCUCUGUCUCCUACGGCAUCACCGCAUGACAAACUCUCUUCUAUCACGGCAAAAGAGUGAUCACUUUUGCCAUUCACGCAUGACACAUCUCACUGCUCUUCAAAUUUUGCAUCACAAAUCCAGACCCAGACACAUUCGCAAUGCAUCACUUGAAGGUAGCAGCGAGGAAGCGAACGGCGAGGACGAGCAGCAGUAUGCAUUGCAAAUACGUCUGGGUCUGGGAACGUGUGAUGCUGCGUAGCGACUCAUGAGGACGCCACAAGUGACGGCUCAGCAUGACAAGUUUUUGAGUUACUAUGUGUUGCCUAUUCAUCAGGAGCAUGACAAACUGCGUUUUCGCCAGGCAAACCAUGGGGACUAUUCGUGUUGGAUAAAAACGCGCAUGACAACAGAGCUAAGCGUCCAAGUGUAUGUUAGCUGAGCAUGACAAACUUGCAUUCGUCCUCCAGAUUCAGACAUAUUUGCAUUUGAUAAGCAGCCCGAACGGGCAAAAGUGCGGAAAGUGCUGGCGGUAUCAAAUGCAGAAAUGUCUGGGUCUGGAAGAUUGCCAGGUUUGUGAUGCAUAUUUUGCAUAACUGAUAAUGCCUGUAAGUAAUGCAUGACCUAGCAGCGCAGAUUUUUAAAGGGCCUUCUGAUGCGUAUUCCGCAUGAGAAAUGCGCACUCCGCGUAGCACAAACUGAACUCCUCUUGCUGGGCAUGCAAUGCAGAUUUUUUUGGAAUCCAAAUUUAGCAUUACAAAUUCCAACCCUCCAGACCCAGACCUUUUUGCAGUUCAUAGGCGGAGUGUUUGAGUAACGCAAACCCCGAACACUUUUGUCGAGCCCUGGUGUCCUCCUCAAGCCCGAUGGAAGACGUGGGAAUGCUAGCCGCGACAGUUGUAGGAGAUAUGGGGCAAUCUACACUAGAAGGACAACAGACCUGGACGCCGCUUUCGCAGCUAUCCGACCUCGACAAGCUAAAUCUCUUGCAAAACCGCAUUGAAGCAUUAGCAACUCGCGUCGCCGGACCAUGGGCAUGGGCAACCCGAUGGGAUUUUCUGCUGACCGCGUGCCGCGAUCUAGGAGUCCAGACCAGCGGCGAUAUGUCCUCGCGGCGAAACGAGAUGCAGACUCUGGCAGGCCUGCAGGAGAAAGAUUUUCCGAAGGUCAUGGAAAUGCUCGGGGUUGGUCGGUUCCUGAAGGACACGCUCGGAGAGGAUUCAGCGGAGUUGCAGACGAUGGUGGAGUUCCUGAAAGACUGCGAGUGGCGGAAGUGGCCGGAAGUGGUAAAUCUUGAAUAGAUUUAACUGGACAGCAAGAUGCAGAGUUGGUACGUGGACGAAGGGGAUUUGGGGAUUUUGUCUCUUCGAGGUAUAGAAUUGCAGGAGUUUUCCCCUCCUUCAUCGAGUGGAAUUGAAUUUUACAGAUCUCGCAUGUACUAUGUGGUCGGAAGAAAAAUAUAGAAAGGUGCUGCGACAAGUAAAUAAGUACGUCCACUGCACAAACCCACCGCUACUUAGAAGAAGGAAAUAAGUCAGCGAGUAACUCAGAACCUGCACGCUAGGACAUCCUAGCACAACGAGUGGUUAGGGCCAAAGAGCACACAGUAUAUUCCCUUUUAACUUUAAGCCUAAGUGCAGUUUUGAACUCUGUGGAAUAUGAUGUACUUCUGGUGAAUUACCUUGCCAUCGUUUCCUGCCGGUGCCUGUUUUGUUG